AUGAGUUCUGUUUAUGUAAUCAGAUCCGCAUAUAUCGUUGUUAGUCAAGCUAUCUAUUUAUUUGCAGAAAAGUCAAAACAAAAGAAGAAAGGAUUUGAUCCAAGAGAUACUCAAAUACUUGCAUUAUGGUUAUUUCUAAAUUCAGAUUUAAAUCAAAUAAAUACAGAAUGUUUAGCACAAAUAUCAACAGGUGAAGGUAAAUUAAUCAUAGUUGCUGCAUUAGCUGCAAUUAAAAAUAUGUCUUCAUCGAAUAAACCAACUGAAGAAAUCUUAAAAAUUGAUUUCACUAAUCAAAAUGCAGAUUUACCAUCAUUUCUACAUCCUUUCUAUUCUGGAGAUUAUGGUGACGGAAAGAUACCAAAAUCCUUAAUUGAAUUACGAAUGAUGAAUUUGAGUGGAAUUAUUCGAAAUAAAUCUAAAUGGUUUGAAAAAAUGCAAGAUCAAAUAAUAAGAAAUAAAUGGAAACAAGAAGCUUUAGAACAAUCAUCACUUUCUGAAAAACAAAUUGAUUAUGUUCUUGCUGAAUUAGAAUAUUAUAAUUCAAUACGAGAUCAAUCGAUGGAAAUGUCUGCUGUUGAUGGUGUUUGGCAAAGUGAUGAAUUAAUUCCUCAAGAUAUUAAACAAUCAUUAAUUUCUUGUGUACAAUCUUUAGAGAAUAUACCAGAAAAUGAACAAGAUUGGCAUCCAGGAACUAAUAAACAAGUAUUAGAUUUAGUUCAUCCAUCGUUAUUUUGUUUUGUUAAUCAAACAACAAGAGUUAUCAAUGAGAGAAAUCAUCUUAUUAAUCUUGAUGAUGCUCUUAAAUAUAUUGGUCUUGGAGAAACAAUUGAUAUCAAUGCAAAUACUUCAUUAUCAAAUUCACAGAAUAAACGACAAAAAUUACAAAAGAGUUAUUCUCAGUCAAAUACAUAUCAAUGGAUUCCAACUGAAUUCAAUGUUUCAAAAGAUGGUCAAGUUAAAAUUGAAUCAUAUAUCAAUAAUUUACAUCCUAUUCAACAUAAACAACUAUAUCAAGUCAUUGAAAAUAUUUGUCAAUAUUUUAUACCGUUAUUUAAUAAAGUUCUAACCGAUUUAAUUGAUAAUCAAAAUAAAACAAAUCGAAUUAUUGUAGAUCCUUAUAAAUGGUAUGAGAAUGAAUCUUCAUCGUCUUCAUCAAAUGAAGACCAUGAUGAUGAUAAUGAUGAUGAUAAUCAUCAUCAUCGAACAAUUAUACAACCAGAUGUUGGAGAAUUUCAUAUGCCAUCAUUAACAAACUCAAAUAUUGAUUUACGUGGAAGAAAACUACAAAUUAUUGUUAAAUUAGCAAAUAUAAUAUUGACACCUUCAAAUCCAACAUAUCCCGGUGGUGUUUGGCAUAUUGAAGGAAUGGAAAAUGAGCAUAUUAUUGCUACAGGAAUCUAUUAUUAUUUUAAUUCGAAUAUAACACAAUCAGAUUUACAAUUUCGUACUGCUGUAUGUGAACCGGAUUAUGAGCAAGAUGAUCAUUACGGUGUUAAUAAUGUUUAUGGUUUACAGAAUGAACAACCUUUAAAUCAAUUAUUAGGUGAAGUAAUUACUCAAGAAAAUCGUUGUCUAGUCUUUCCAAAUAUUUAUCAACAUCGUGUUGCACCUUUUCAACUUCAAGAUCCAACUCAACCGGGUCAACGAAAAAUCUUAGUAUUUUUUUUAGUUGAUCCAACGAUUCGAAUUUUAUCCACUGCACAUAUUCCACCACAACAAUCUCAUUGGUAUUGUGAUAUUAUACGUUCAAUGCCUGUAUUUAAUGAAUUACCCUCCUUAGUCGUUGACAAAAUCAUGAGUUAUGUUGAUUUUCCGAUGACGAUGGAUCAAGCAAAACAACAUCGUGAGAAAUUAAUGAAUGAAAGAAAAUAUUUUAUUUCACAAAAUAACGAAUUACUAUUUGAAAGACCUUUUUCACUAUGUGAACAUUAA